UGCAAUGGUUUUACCGGCGGCAACAGCACAUAAUACCGUAUACAUAGAUGUCUAUAAAUUUUAAGGGGGGCUUGAUAGAGUCUCUAAGGUCAUUGCUUAAGAUUGCUCACUCGAGCGUGCAAAAAAAUAACAUAGCAACAACGAUAAGCGACAGCGAACGAGCAGAGCCGACCACGGAUGGAGAUCUGUUCAGUUUGCGGAGAUCAUUCCACAGGGCGGCACUAUGGAGCCAAUACUUGUGAAGGAUGCAAGUUAUUUUUUAAGCGAAGUAUCAAGAAACGGCUGUACUACACUUGUAGGGUGGCAGGAUGCUGUCCAGUGAACAAGCGCUUUCGGAAUAGCUGCCAGUAUUGCAGAAUGAGAAAGUGUCUAACGGUGGGGAUGAAAAGGGAAGCUGUACAGCAAACCAGAACGAAUGAGUUUGAAAAGGGAAGAAAAAGACACCGUAGCCGUCAGCCGUUGAAAGGGGAUAUCCGAAGAGAGGCAGAUUUUGUGUCCUUGUCGGACUUUGUUUACCAUUUGCAGGCUGUUGAGCCUUAUCAAAGGCCGCCGGAGACAAAAAGUGAUACAAGAUCGAUUGCAGAAGACAGCACGGCAGCCAGAAGUGAAAGCGGCAGUGUACACGUCGCCACCAAAUUACCAGCCGAAAGCACCACAGAGAUCGCCGCCCGGUUGUUGUUCAUGUCAAUACAUUGGGCAAAGAACGUUCGCCACUUCGCUGAACUGUCGCAUAUCGACCAAGUGAGCCUCUUGCAGGAAAACUGGUGUAAAAUAUUCGUCAUAAACCUGGUUCAAUGGGCGAUGCCUUUCGAAUUAGCCCCGCUGGUUGCUGAUGUGAUGGAAAAAACAGCGAGCGAACAUGUGGAUAGAGUUCUUCAUAACAUGGGGAAGUUGAAUGAGGUUGUUUUCAAACUUGUACAGCUCGGUUUGAACAGAACAGAGUUUACCCUUUUGAAGGCCCUGGUACUUUUUAACCCAGAUAACGACCAACUCACCGACUUGGUUCAGAUCCAAGCAAUUCAAAACAAGACGAGGAAUGCUCUCGAAGAAUACGUGCGCUUGAAUCGCCCGGAGUCGUCUGGUCGCUUUGGUCAGCUACUCAUCAAACUUACGUCUUUAGGAGCUGUGGAGCCACAUAUCAUUGAGCAUGUGUUCUUCAAUAAACUUAUUGGUGGCGCGUCCAUUAACAACCUAGUCGACGACAUUCUAAGAGCAAACACACUUAUCUCGCACGCAAAAAACUCGGCCGUGUGAACAGGCAAAGGAUGCUAACUGUUUUUGCUAUAACUGAAGCCUAUUUCACAAUAUUUUAAAACAUUUGUCACGAAUUGACAUGAACUACAAACGCCAAAAUCUUAACUAUACGUAAACCAUGAGAACGCUGCUUUCACUCCAGGUAGUCUUUAAGAGAAAAUUGUUACGAGAAGAUUCUUAUUUUUCUCGCCCUCAGACUUUGCCUAAUCAACUCUUUGCGCACUUUUUCUUUUCGGCGUUUGCGCGCGCCAUAACAGAGGAGGCAAAGAAGAGGUAACCCCGUCUUGCAGAUGAUAAAUUUUAAUUGAAAAUUUCAAAGUUUAUUAUGAAGCAUGCCACUGUUUGAUGGUAAAAAUUCAUGGUACAAAAAGCACAUCACAGGGUUAUAAUUUAAAAUGUAACUUAAUAAACCAAAUGACGUGCCAAACCCACAGAUAAUCACCUUUUGUAUAAAUUUGUAGAUAUAUACUUAGAUAUUCUAGUGCUUUAGAAUAAUAAUUCUUCUUCACUAUGAGAGCAUUGCUGGCGAGUUGAAAAAGUU